CAGAUCAUGAAUUGCAUCUAUAUGCAAUAUGCACAUUUAACAGCAAAAUAUUGUGCCGAACAUUCAGGGAGACAGGCGCAAUCUGGCAGACUUCAUUUCGACGCUAGUAUGCCAUGAAAAAUGACCUUGUGAUGUCAAAAGACAAUAUAUCUCGGAGUUAACUGCAGUUAACUGUCCCUGACGGCCCAUCUGAGCUAUGGGUUAGCACUAGCAAGAACAUGAUUCAACCAUUUAUUCAUGUCUAGCGGAUCUCUCAUUUCGGCGGGCAAAAGCUCGCGGUACCGCGUAUGUGCAAAAGCCACUAAGAAAAGAGAAGAAAAAAUCCACGCUCCAAACUCCGAACUCGACACUGGAAUAAGGCAAGUAAAAAUCGUAAUCCUAGGAGCUUCACAAGUUGGCAAAACAUCCAUAAUUCGCCAGUUCGUUCAAAAUACUUUCGCUGAAGAAUAUAUUCCAACACGGGCAACAGAAGUGUACAGACCAUCGUGCAUGAUAAACGACCAUCUUUAUCACGUUAAAAUGGUCGACUGUCCACAAAUCAACUCCUUCCCCGAAGAUUCUAUCGAGGAGUGGAGCGAGUUCCGUCCGGGCAAAGGCGUGCGGAACGCAAAUGCCUACAUCAUGGUAUUUGACCGAAGCUCUGAAGAUAGUUUCAACUACCUCAGGACUUUAAGAGAACAAAUGUUGGACUGUGAAAACGACCACGACGCCCCACUGUGGGUCGUAUGCAACAAAUGUGAUAAAGCAGAGAAAGACAGUAACAAAAAUGGCGGUUUGUCCAAAAGAGAAAUCGCCAACAUCGUGAAAAAGCAGUGGAAAAGCCCGUAUCUAGAAUGCUCGGCCAAAAAUAACUGGCACAUAGUACUUCUGUUUAAAGAAGUUGUGCGAAGCAUAGAUCUCAUCGAAUAUGGGCAUAAAGCAACUUUGAUGCAAAACGCUUUAAGACGGAAGAAAUGUGUGAUCAUGUAGACCAACAUAUUAGCAACAAACUUUACAAAAUGAUGAGAAAUAUUACAAUGAAGUGCUUUCGGAAUUCCGGAAGACUAUAUUGCAUGUUGCAAGGGAAGAAUAUAGUAAUC